AAGAUAUUCAAGUAACUGAGAGCAGAGGCUCACAGACACUGGCUAGGAUGCCACAGGGAGGGAUCUACAGGCCGUGCGAAGAAGCUGAGGACACUGUGAACAAAGAAGUCAUGAUACCAAAAAGAGCAGGUGGUUUCCUGUUGCAGCAUUGCAGAUGUGGUUCAGAGGGAACAUCCAUGUCCAUCCUUUACAUUGUGAAUGGCGUCUCAUUUCUGCUGUGGAUCAUAAUCUUCGCUGUUAUGCUUUCGAAAUAUUCUGAGAUGGCCAAGGAACUAGAACAGCUGCGUAGCAACCAAACUGCGCUGAGAACAAAUGGUUUCAACAUGGAGAAGCAGCUGCAGGCAUUUAAUUCCAAGCACUCUGCCUAUGGAUCAAGUCUAAACGGCAGUCUGCAUAAGCUGGAGGCUGAUCAUAAUACUUUGAAGAAGGAUGCUUACAAAGAACUGCAUGAUCUGCAAAAGAACGUAGGAAACUUCCGGGAAGAGGCUUUUAAGAUACAGGGUGCAUUAUAUAAGAUUAAUGCCUCAGCUUGCCGAAUAUGUCCAGAGGGCUGGGUGCUGAACAGAGGACAAUGCUACUUUUUUCAAAAAAUGAGUCAGCACUGGUCUUUUGCCAAGAACAGGUGUGAAGAGAAAGGUGCCCGCUUGGUUUCCAUCAAUGACGCGGAAGAGCAGAAAUUUCUCACCUCAAUAGUAAAAAAAGAAUGGAAAGACUACUGGAUUGGUCUCAAUGACAUUCAUGCAGAAAACACAUUUGUCUGGGUGGGCGGCGAUACCGUGUCAUAUACCAAUUGGUACGUACGGGAGCCCAACAAUCUUAACAAAGGGGAGGACUGUGUCGUGAUGAAAUCUUCAGGUUUUUGGAACGACCAAGAGUGUGGAGGAACUGCAGAUGGCUGGAUCUGCGAAAAGAGUUGGAGCUGCUAGCUGUGUCUGGCAGUAGCGGAACGCAAAACGUGGAAGUCAUGGGCCUCAUGGCGUUGCGACUCUGUUUGAGUCUUCGUUGACAAAGAACUUUAACCCUUCUAGGUGGUGGGUGUGCUCACCGCUCAGGAAGCAGGGUGGCACAUGCUGAUGUGGGCCCAUGCGGCAUCAGUGAGUCAGCAGAAAGCUAGGAUUGUAGAUGUGAUUUUCUAGCUCUCCUCCAUAGCUCGCUAGACCUUACUCUCUUUCCAGAGCUGUGCAUGAACUCAAGAAGCUUUGGCUUCAAUCUUGGUCUAUAUUCCUAUUUAGAUGUUAGAUUAACCUAGUUCUUACGUUCACAACUUAAUUGUUCCUUCACGAAAAAGCCAACU